AUGGAAAUAGCUGCUUUAUUGCAAGAAAAGUAUGCCUUCUUGACAGGUGAGAGCAAAUCGCCGAAUUUUUUGUAGUGAUACUCAAGAUCUUUGAUUAGCAGUUCCUUCUGUUCCCCACACUUCAACUUAUAUGUAGGUUAAGUACCAGCCGUACUUGCUUAACAUUCUCUAGCAAGGUGAUAGCUUUGUUUUAUCAUCAGUUUCUAUUGGGUGUUAUUGUAUAAAGGGGAGGAAAAUUAAGGACUUUAAAUCCCUUGGGUGUUGUACAGAGCUGUUUUGUUUGGCCUCAGAUUGCAUGUACUAUUAUUUACAGGUGCACAAGCUAAAAAUGGCUGUCUUUUUGUCACUAUACCCGAACAUCCCAAGUUUGGAAACCUGAGUGAUCAAGAUACAGAAAGAAUUUUGAAAUAUCUUGUUGAACUGGCCAGGUACGAACUUGCAUUGUCAAUGAAAUAGGAUACAUCAAUUUUUGCUCAAUAACUUUUUGAACAUGAUCAAAUUUGAUAUAUGAAAAUGGAUUUUAAUGUUUGAAACGUUUCAGUGAUGAGUUGGUGCAGAAGGGAUUCAUUUUGGUGCUGGACAGGAGGAAAGACAAAUGGGAAGCUGUUGAAUCUUGUCUUCAAAAAUUGCAGGUUAGCAAUGAAAAUGUUUCCUUCCUUAAUUGUGUGCAGAAAACUGGUAAUUGUUGAGUAUAAUUGUGAAAUGAUCUGGUUGUCUGAUUAUCCGGGCAAGAGUAGCUCUGCUCUGUCUCAAUAUUUCAACAACCUGAGUGAAAGUUAGUGAAAGGCCGAGUCAAAUGAGGACUUGUUAUUUGUCAAGUGUUUACAGUGUGGUAACAUUCAACUAACCAGUAAAUCCUCACUGUGUAUGAGUACCCUAGGUUAGAUAUGCAUGUUAUGGUCUGGACUGUGUGCUCAUGAGGGAGUAAAAUUUUGCCUUUUGCAGAUCAUGUUUUCCCUUAGGCUUACAAAUCUUGUGAGAAGUAUUUCAUUUUGUUUAGUUUCCUUUAUUCAAAUUAGAUUGUUUUCAUUUUAGUCAAACUUGAGUCAGAGUAUGAGUCAGAAUAAACAGAUUAAAUAGAUAUUGAAUGGUAUGUUUAUCUGUUAUUUGAAUAUCCUAUUCACAAACCAAUUGUUGAUAUACCACAAAUGCUUGUCAUCAUGAGCUUGUGUAAAUUUGUUGUGUAUACUACAGUGACAAAUAAACUGAUGAACAUCUGAUUUGUUUAUUCUACUUGUCUGUUUAUUUUUAAUUUUUUUUUCUUUUGUUUUCAGAAAUGUUUUCCACCUAAAGCCUGUAUUAAUGUAGUGUAUGUAUUAAAACCACAAGGAUUCAUCCAGAAGUAUUCCAAACUCAGCUUUGUAGCAGGUGGCUCACUUCGUGACUCAAAAAUGAGGGUGAGAUCAAAGAGGGCUAAUGAGACCAAAAAAAUAUUAGUUGAUGGUUCAUGAAAUCACUGAAAACUGACUGAUUUCUCUUAAUAAUUAACAGAGUUUAGCUAGUAAAAAGAUUUUUUGCAAUAUUUGAUGCCUAAUGAACAAACACUGACUAGCCAAGCCAAGCCAAAGCCAAGUCACAGGUGAUUUUUCAUUGUCCCAAAAAAGUUUGAAAGAAGAGGGGAGCAUGGGUGGGGUCCAAGAGAAUGGGAAGGGGGGGGGGGAGGGAGGUUGUGGUAGGAGUGUGGGAGAUGGAGCAGGAAUAUGAAGUGGGAACUAACAAGGCAGGAAUUACCUUCCCCCACAUACCCUGACUACCGAAAGGAUCAAAGAUUACUGGUAAUAAUAUUUUAUUGCAUUAACCAUUAUAUCAUUGUUGCUUACAAGGUUGUUUCUCUAAAUUGUGCUGCUGAGUUGGAGGAAUACAUUGACAAAUCACAACUAACUGAAGAGCUUGGUGGUAGCCUACAAUACAGACAUGAACAAUGGGUUCAAUACAGAACAGUAAGUACCUUGAUUUGCUAACUUGUUUGUACUCUGCUUAGUAAAUAAGUUGUAUUUUGAUGAACCUGUUAUAACAGGUAUAAACAAAGAACUAAAUAUCACAUAUUCUUCUUUUUCCAGGCAAUUGAAAGAUUCAAAAGAAUGUGGCAGAAUAUCAAGGAAAACAUGGAAAGUGCAUUUCAAGUAGGAGUCACGCUUUUGGAUUGUAUCCAUCCCAAGCAGAGAGAUGGAGAUGAUGAGUGGUAUACUCCUGACAUCAUAGCUAAUGCAGCUGAAUUGAAAGAAUUCUUAGUGAAACUUGAGGCAAUGGAAAAUGAUAUUGAAAAACUUUGGAAAGAGCAGAAGGCGAUGAUUCAGUAUGGAUUGAAAGAGUGUCUUUUUGAGAGAGAAAUAAACCAGGUUUGUUUAUUUGGUUAUAUUUUGUGUUCACUUCUCCCCCUUCCCUUACAAAUGUUGAGAUAAGAUAGCCACAAAUGUUGUACUAGUAGAAAAAGUGCACUCAAACUGUCAGUUAUAGAAACUCUUAACAGGGGCCAAUUUAUAUUUAUUUAUAAACUGAGUUAAUGACAUCAAAUUAUCAGCACAAUGGGUUUUAUUGAGGUGUAAACAGACUAUGCGGUGGCAGUAUGACUUAUUAACAGUAAAACAAAUCAUAAGUUUUCUCUCAAAUUUGCAUUUUUAGACAACAGGCUUACUUCUCUCAUCACUCAGCAACUUAUCAGCAAUGACUGAUCUUGGAGAUUCAAGAGAUGAUGCCCAAUCAAUGCUGAUUGAGCUAACAGAAUUUGCAGAUAAGAGCACAGUGAGUGGUUGUUAAUAAGUGAAGUACAACUUUUUAUUUAUUGAUUCAGUAUUGAUUUUAAGUUUUGUUGUGAUUAUAAUGAUUGCAAUAAUCACACUGAAUGAGCAGCAAUAAUUUACAACUUGUCUGAUUACAAUUAAGUACCACAUGACAUUCAGUUCAUUUUAUCUAGGCCAUUUUUUUAUCACAUCAAACUGACUAUUAAAUAAAUGAUCUUUUUUGUGCAGCCAAAAAAAAAGCAUUUUAAUCUUGUUACAUUCUGCAGGAGCUUCUUGACAAAGCCAAAGGCCUGGUGGCCAAGGGACUCAAAAUGAUAGAAUCACAUGAACAAUCUAAGGAAUCAAUCAAGAUGAAGUGUGAUAAGAUCAAAGAGCUCUGUGACAAGUUUGAUAAGGCCGUACUAAAGAGGGAAGAUGACUUGAAGAAAGCUAUAUAUAUACAUGGAUGUGUUGAAAGGGUAACUGCAGUUGUUUCAUACUAUUAGUUAUAUUGGUCAAUAAGAGCUGGUUUAAGACAAAAAGUUUCCAAUAGAAACCUUGUAAUUGUAUCCUAUGAACAUAUAGACUGUCAUGCAAAACUUGGACAUAUAGAAGUAUAUUAAGAAAAUUAAGUGUAAGGUAAAAGGAGAGUAAACAAGAUAAUUGCUCCAUGCCUGAAUAGAAGUAGCUCAAGGCUUUGAAAUUUAAGAAGGCAAUUUUCAGUUAAAGCCAGAGAAUUCUCUAGUUCUUAAUGCCCAAGGCACUCUCUCAAUCUCAGCCUGAAAUAAGAUGUCAACUUUUAACUCACUGACUUGGAGCUUUUAGUAAUUUUGCAUCGGCAAUAUCUUUCCCAUAUCAGGUCAAUAAAUGGUGUAAGACUGGUGAAGACCUUUGGAUGUCAGAGCCAAUAGGUAGAUCACAGUCGUCAGGAGAGGCUGAGGAAGCUUUGCAAGAAAUAGAUAAUUUCUUAAAGAGUCCACAAGGAAGGUACACAGUAAAGGUCAGAAAGAAUAUGACUCUCAUGAGCACUGCUCUUGGAAACAAGACACUAAUAAGUAAAGUCAAAGAUAGCUCAAAGAGAAUCAGUGAAGUCAAUGAUGUGAUGGCCAAAUGCAAAACAAGGUAACUAUAUUUUGUGUGUGCAGUGGUAAGGAGUGCCUCCACUGCCUGGCCUGGGUUUGAUUCCCUGGCCUGGAGGGUCACAUGUGACUUGAAUUUGUUGUUAAUUCUGAUGAUUUAGCCCUUGAUUUAUCAAACUUGUCAAUAAUUGAAUCAAUUUGUCCCUUUUCUCUGGGACCGUCUGAAAUUCAGAAUUUUGAUUGAUGUUCUUUGAGAAGAUACAUUCUUUUCUUCAUUUUGGGAUACAAUUUAAAUUAGUAUCAGCAAGAUGUCAAGAAAACUUGAUACUUGCUAGAAGGCUACCAACCAUGGAUUAGCAUCCUGGCUAGGAAAAGAGACAGUGCAAUUUGCAUCAUGAAGAAGACAUUGACUCAGGCAUUAUUAGAUCACUUGGUGUGUCAGAUGUGGUACCACUUCAUCUGUAUUUAAAAUCUUAGCAUCCUUUUUUUUCUUUUUUUUGCAGUUAUUUUAAAACUUAUACAUACCAUUGAUUAUUUGUGUUACUCUUUUUUUUAUCAGGUUUAUGAAACCUGUUGUGAAGCGACCAGUGCAGCCUGUCUCAGCCUUUCUUGCCAGCCAAGCUUCUAUUCCUGGUGAGCAAAAAGAUUCUAAGUGCAAAUUUAGUCAACAACUAAAUUUAAAAAGUCCAGGUUGGUGUUAAAAAAGUUCCACAAUUUGUGUAAUGCAAGAGGCUUUCAGCCUGGUAUUCUGUACUACAUGACUUACAUUUACCCAACUUGCAAACUAGAAGUUUUAUUUCAUUGAAUAAUCAAUUUAUCAACAUUUAAAUGAUUUCUUUGCCUAUAGUUCAGAGGCGCAUGAUUGAGCUUAAGAAGUCCAAUGCACCUGAAUCACCCAAGCAACCAGUGUCCAUUGUGUCAGACAGUCUUCAGGUGCAAGAUGGCAUGCAUUCAUCCCUCUCUGGGCCAAGUAUACAGGUAUGUUUACUUACAUGAAAUAAAAAAUUCCCUUCUUUCUCCCUUUGUUGAAUUUUUGUAAAAUGCAAGUAAUCUACCCAAAACUAGUCAGAAAAAGUUGGAAUUUUUUAAUUUGAUAAAAGUGAUAAACUCAGUCUUUAGACCGAUUCAUUAGAAAACCCUCCCUCUUCUGUGCUCUGGAGAACAGGCAAAGAGUUUUUGGGAAGAAUUACCUUUGACUCAUUGGUUAAAACUCUUCUGUUCCUUACCUUAUAAUUUAUUUGUACUUGAAGAAAUGAUGUUCAUAAUUGCUGAAAUAUUUGCAGUCUUCCAGUCAUUCAUUUCUUUAAUUUCCUUUUGUUUUCUUUGGUAAAAGAGAGAUAUUUUAGAUGGCACUGACAGUCCAGAGGCUGCAAAGAAGCGGUCACAAGUGAUGAAAGAACUGAUCCAAACAGAAUUCUUUAAAGUGAAAUUUAAGGCAACUGAAAAUGAUGUUGAAAAACGUGGGAAAGAGCAGAAGGUGAUGAAUCGGUAUGGAUUCAAAGUGUGUCUUUUUGAGAGAGAAAUAAACCAGGUUUGUUUAUUUGGUUAAUUUUGUGUUCACUUCUCCCCCUUCCCUUGCAAAUGUUUAGAUAAGAGGACCACAAAUGUCACACUAGUAGAAAAAGUGCUACCACUCAAACUGUCAGUUUUAGAAACUCUUAAUAGGGGUCAAUUUAUAUUUAUUUAUAAACUCAGUUGUUAACACCAAAUUAUCAGCACAGUGUGUUGUAUUGAGGUGUAAACAGACUCUAUGCAGUGGCAGUAUGACUUACCGUAUUUACCCAUGUAUAAUAUGCACUUUUUUCCUAUAAAAAUAGCCAUCAAAAUUGCGGAGCAUAUUAUACAGUCUCUAUUGUUUUUCAAGCACUUCCUAAUUUACAUACGUUAAAAACACAAAGAAAGUGACAAAAGCCUAGUAGUAAUUAGUCUUUAUUAGCUUGAGUUAAAUAAUCUACAGAUGAAAAAUUUUCAAUUGCGAUCCACAAACACAACAAAGAAAGUAACGAAAGCCUCAUAGUAAUUGUUCUUUAUUAGCCUGAGUUAAAUAAUCUACCAAUGAAACAUUUUCAAUUUCAAUCCAUAAUUAAAUUUAGUGGAGUAUUUAAGAAACAGCUAACGAGAUAAACAUUACAAUUGUACUGUAUUACUGUAAUCACAAGUGAUAAGAAAUUCGAAAUGGUAACGAAACUUACCACUAGGAAACGUCAGUUGUAGGAAGAAUAACGUUUUUUUUGCUGUGAAAACUUUUUUUUAUGAAAAAUUUGGUCAAAAAUUGGCAUGUGUAUUAUACAUGGACACAUAUUAUACACGGGUAAAUACGGUAUUAACAAUAAAACAAAACAUGAGUUUUCUUUCAAAUUUGCAUUUUUAGACAACAGGCUUACUUCUCUCAUCACUCAGCAACCUAUCAGCUAUGACUGAUCUUGGUGAUUCAAGAGAUGAUGCCCAAUCAAUGCUGAAUGAACUAGCAGAAUUUGCAGAUAAGAGCACAGUGAGUGGUUGUUAAUUAAUGAAGUACAACUUUUUAUUUAUUGAUUCAGUAUUGAUUUUAAGUUUUGUUGUGAUUAUAAUGAUUGCAAUAAUCACACUGAAUGAGCAGCAAUAAGUUACAACUUGUCUGAUUACAAUUAAGUACCACAUGGCAUUCAGUUCAUUUUAUCUAGGCCAUUUUUUUAUCACAUCAAACUGACUAUUAAAUGAAUGAUCUUUCUUUGUGCAGCCAAAAAAAAAGCUUUUUUGCCUUGUUACAUUCAGCAGGAGCUUCUUGACAAAGCCAAAGGCCUGAUGGCCAAGGGACUCAAAAUGAUAGAAUCACAUGAACAAUCUAAGGAAUCAAUCAAGAUGAAGUGUGAUAAGAUCAAAGAGCUCUGUGACAAGUUUGAUAAGGCCGUACUAAAGAGGGAAGAUGACUUGAAGAAAGCUAUAUAUAUACAUGAAUGUGUUGAAAUGGUAACUGCAGUUGUUUCAUACUAUUAGUUAUAUUGGUCAAUAAGAGCUGGUUUAAGACAAAAAGUUUCCAUUAGAAACCUUGUAAUUGUGUCUUAUGAACAUAUAGACUGUCAUGCAAAACCUGGACAUAUAGAGGUAUUAGGAAAAUUAAGUGUAAGGUAAAAGGAGAGUAAACAAGAUAAUUGCUCCAUGCCUGAAUAAAAGCAGCUCAGGGCUUUGAAAUUUAGACAGACGAAUUUCAGUUAAAGCCAGAGAAUUCUCUAGUUCUUAAUGCCCAAGGCACUCCCUCAAUCUCAGCCUGAAAUAAGGUUUCAACUUUGUACUCAUUGACUUGGAGCUUUUGGUAAUUUUGCCUCGGCAAUAUCUUUCCCAUAUCAGGUCAAUAAAUGGUGUAACACUGGUGAAGACCUUUUGCAGCUAAUAGGUAGAUCAAAGUCUUCAGAAGGAGCUGAGAAAGCUUUGGAAGAAGUAGAUAAUUUCUUGAAGAGUCCACAAGGAAUGAACAUUGCAAAGGUCACAAGGAAUAUGACUCUCAUCAGCACUGCUCUUGGAAACAAGACACUGAUAAGUAAAGUCAAAGAUAGCUCGAAGAGAAUCAGUGAAGUCAUUGAUAUGAAGGCCAAACAUGAAAAAAGGUAAAUAUAUUUUGUGUGUGCAGUGGUAAUAAGGUUGCCUCCACCACCUGGCUUGGGUUUGAUUCCCUGGCCUGGGUUUGAUUCCCUGGCCCGGGUUAGAUUCCCUGGCCUGGAGAGUCACAUGUGGCUUGAAUUUGUUGUUAAUUCCGGUGAUUUAACCCUUGAUUUAUCAAACUUGUCAAUAAUUGUCCCUUUUCUCUGGGACCUUCUGAAAUUCAGAAUUUUGAUUGAUGUUCUUUGGGAAGAUACAUUACUUUCUCCAUUUUGGGAUACAAAUUAGUAUAAGCAAGAUGUCAAGGAAACUUGAUACUUGCUAGAAGGCUACCAACCAUCGAUUAGCAUCCUGGCUAGGAAAAGUAGCAGUGCAAUUUGCGUUAUGAAGAAGACAUUGACUCAGACAUCAAUAGAUAUAUCACUUGGCAUGUCAGAUGUAGUACCAAAUUGAUAUGUAUUUAAAAUCUUAGCAUCCUUUUUUUCUUUUUUUGCAGUUAUUUUAAAACUUAUAUAUACCAUUGAUUAUUUGAAUGUGUUACUCUUUUUUUAUCAGGUUAAAGAAACUUGUUGUGAAGCAACCAGUGCAGCCUGUCUCAGCCUUUCCUGGCAGCCAAGCUUCUAUUCCUGGUGAGCAAAAAGAUUAUAAGUGCAAAUUUAGUCAACAACUAAAUUUAAAAAGUCCAGGUCGGUGUUAAAAAAGUUCCACAAUUUGUGUAAUGCAAGAGGCUUUCAGCCUGGUAUUCUGUACUACAUGACUUACAUUUACCCAACUUGCAAACUAGAAGUUUUAUUUCAUUGAAUGAUCAAUUUAUCAACAUUUAAAUGAUUUCUUUGCCUAUAGUUCAGAGGCGCAUGAUUGAGUUUAAGAAGUCCAAUGCACCUGAAUCACCCAAGCAACCAGUGUCCAUUGUGUUAGAAAGUCUUCAGGUGCAAGAUGGCAUGCAUUCAUCCCUCUCUGAGCCAAGUAUACAGGUAUGUUUACUUACAUGAAAUAAAAAAUUCCCUUCUUUCUCCCUUUGUUGAAUUUUUGUAAAAUGCAAGUAAUCUACCCAAAACUAGUCAGAAAAAGUUGGAAUUUUUUAAUUUGAUAAAAGUGAUAAACUCAGUCUUUAGACUGAUUCAUUAGAAAACCCUCCCUCUUCUGUGCUCUGGAGAACAGGCAAAGAGUUUUUGGGAAGAAUUGCCUCUUACUCAUUGGUUAAAACUCUUCUGUUCCUUAACUUAUAAUUUAUUUGUACUUGAAGAAAUGAUGUUCAUAAUUGCUGAAAUAUUUGCAGUCUUCCAGUCAUUCAUUUCUUUAAUUUCCCUUUGUUUUCUUUGGUAAAAGAGAGAUAUUGUAGAUGGCACUGACAGUUCAGAGGCUGCAAAGAAGUGGUCACAAGCGAUGAAAGAACUGAUCCAAACAGAAAAAGAUUAUGUCUAUGACUUAGAGCACAUUGUCAAAGGAUACCUGAAGGAAUUUGCACGUGCUGGAAAAAAGAUUCCUGCAGAUCUACGGGGAAAAAGGAAUAUAAUAUUUGGAAAUAUUGAACAGAUUUAUGAAUUUCACAAGAAUGACUUUUUACGUGAGUUGGAGUCUUGCCAAGAUCAGCCAUCUUUGGUGGGUGCUACAUUUAUCAAGAAGAGUAAUGAAUUUGAAAUGUAUGCAAGGUAUUGCAAGAACAAACGAAGUUCUGAGGCAUUGGAACUGGAUUACAUUAAUCUGCCUUUCUUCAAGGUAAGAUUUCUGUUUACUGAAAUGCAAACCAUAAUAAAACUUUCUUGAGUAACAUUCUAGUUUUACUUCAAUAUCUCUAUUUGGGUUCCUAUGUUCUGUCAAGCAUUAAGAAAUUUCUUUGACUGGCUGUCUAAGAGCUAAAUGAAUAAAGGGGGUUAGUUUCUAUAGAAAAUGUGGUGUUGUGUCAGUGGGAGAGUAUAGCAAGGUAAUUUGGUAUUAUCAACUGAGUUGAUAACGUAAAUUGGCCACCAUUAAGAGUUUCAAAGCCAAAUAUGUGGUAGCCAAUAUGACCACAUUAUCUUGUUCUAAGAGCUACUUUCGUUGUCCACACUGUUAGCUACUGUAAAUGCCACAAAAAAGAAAGGUUUUGUGCUUGCUCAUUCUUGUCAAAGGCUAUUCCAGAGUGCAAACUGUUAUUGGAGCACUGUUUUUCUCAUUGAAUAAAAUGAAUCAAGCCACCUGUGCCAUUUCAGCAAGUGUCUAUGUUGGCUGGAACCCUUUUAAGCUGCUAAGUGUCUAUGUUGGCUGGAACCCUUUUAAGCUGCUAAGUGGAGAGAGGCACUUGCCCAAGAUAUCAACAUAAUCAGCUUUUGACAAAGCACUAAACCUUGAACCUUCAGCUAAAGAGUAUUCUAUGUUGGACAGUUCUCAUUUAUUUAUCAGCUCAUGUAGUUGAUAAAACAAAUUACCAAGACCAUCUUAGUUUUUCAUGACCACUCAACUCUUCAAGUGCACUUCACUCAGGCUCUUGACUGAUGCAGUACUUACUUUUUUCACAGGAAUGUCAAGAAAGACUUGCUCAUCGACUGCCAUUGAGUGCGUACCUCCUCAAACCAGUCCAGAGAAUUACAAAAUAUCAGCAGCUGCUGAGUAAAAUGAUGAAACUUACACUUAGAAACAGCACUGCAUAUGAUGACUUAGAGAAAGCUCUUGACACCAUGGAAGGAGUGUUAAGACAUGUCAAUGAUGUCAUGCACUCAUGCUGCAUAAGAGGAUUUCCUGGUAACCUUGCUGAGCAAGGAAAGUUGCUCCUUCAGGACUCUUUUAUGGUUUGGGAAACAAAUAAAAGUCUGAAAGUGUUGCCCCUUAAAGGAGGAAGGCAACGGCAAGUAUUUAUGUAUGAAAAGUCGAUUAUCUUUAGCAAAAAGGAUGUUCAAGAAACAAGUAAAGAAGCAGUCCUGUACAAGUACAGGAAAGAUAUAAAGGUAGGUUAUGAUUUGGUUAAUUCUUAAUAGUUCACAUGGGUCCAUUAAAUGAAGAUUUGAGUUGUCUCUCUCUUUAUGAAAUCUUCAAAUUAUAUUUCACUGACCUGUCAAAGUUCCAUGCAAGGUGGAAAUUUUGCUUCAAAAAAGCUACAUGCUUUCAUUCUAUUUAGUCCUUGAUAAUUACCCAACACCAGCAGUCACUACUAAGUAUGAAUUAUUUCCCUCAUGCAACAAAUUAUUUUCUGGUGUAUUAUUAUUGAAUUGAAUGAUUAAACACAGUGAAAUUAAAUAUAGGUUUGGACUUAAACACUGUUACCUUAAACAUUGUUACAACAUUGUCAUAAUGUACAGAAUUUUUAUUUGUUUGCUUGCAUACUUGUAGACAUGUGAUGUGGGAUUCACUGAAACAGUGCCAGAUGCCCCAGAAAAGUUUGAGCUUUGGCGAAAUGGAAGAUCAGAAGUCUUUCUUUUGCAAGUGAGUAACUUUCACUGCACUUGAUCUUGAUGUACGCUAAUAAUGCUUGUCAGAACAAAAUUGUUUUGGUAUUUCUGUGAGGAGUAGAAGGUCUUGCUUGCAGUCAGAGAAGGGAGAGGCAAGCUGGCUAAAAUGCUUCAAUUUAGACUGAAGAUUAGUUACUCCGAGUGUCAUUGAGAGGUGUGCAGGUUCAAGGAAUGCCAAGCUGGUGUUGCAUUUUGCCCUGGUAGGGGGAAGGGGAGAGGGGCCACUUUUUCAAGAGUGGUAUAGUCCUGAUAAAUUUUGAAAGAGUGUUAUAGAACUUGUGGGUACAGCUCAUAUUCCUUUUAUUAAGUCCAAACCCAAUAAAACAUUGAUGGUAACUUGUUACAUGAAAAACACUGAUAUCACAGCUGCUAUUUACUGGCUCACUGUUGAAUGCCACCUCUCUUUGUUCAUAUUUCAGCCUGUGUCUCUGGAAGUUAAAACCCGUUGGGUGAAAGAAAUAAGAAACCUUCUUCAGUCUCAGUUUGACCAAGUAAAAGGUGUGCUGUAAGAAUUAAGAAUAUUGAACUUAUUUUAGUCUUAAAUUUACCUUGUGUUGUACAAGGUUUUUUUUUUGGAAGUACACUUACAGUUAAAAAUCAGGGGAGAAGCAUUUCUUUUUUCUGUUCUUUGAUCAUUACAGUGUCCUGUGGUUACAGCACAGUGGAAGCUUGGAUGAUAAUUAGAUUUCCUAUAGUGUCGCUUCAGGGGAAACUUAAUGAUUGGUUCAAAAAGAUAUUAAUGAUAUCCACCAGAUCAACCUUUCAUACUGAGGGAAUCAAAACAUUAAACACACGUUUUCAAACAUAAUGUGGGUUGGGGUUAAAAAAGUCAUUAGCAUUUACAGUGUACGAUUAACUCUAGUUAACCAGUGAUAAUUUUUCUAUCAUUUUGUUUUCUUUUCAGAACAAUCAACAAUUCAUGGUGAGUGUGUCAUAGCAAAGAUGUGGAUAAAUCUUAAAUGACUGAUCAAUCAUGUCUGAUGGUUUCAUUUAGCUGAAUCUUUAUUUUCAUCAAAGACUGUUUUUUUUGUAUUUUUUAGAUCGUUGGAAGUCAACCUCAGCCCUGUCGUCAGCACCUACUUCAACAGAAUCACAGCUAAGAUCACGAAGUCAAUCUUCAUUUUCAAUUGCAUCAAGUGUUGCAGCUAGCAACAACAACAGCAACAGGUUGAAAUAAUUACAAUUAUUGCUUACACACAGUGACCUACCCUUGGUGAACAAUUCUUCAAUAAAAACAUAAUGAGUGAUUCUUACUUUUUCUUCUGCAAUGUUAGGUAUUCAAACAUUAUGGAGAGAAAUAACGCCAGUGAUGAUGAUGAUGGCUUUGAUACUGAUGAAUUUGACUCUGACAACAGUGAUGAGUCUCCCCACAAUGAACCAGAACAGAACGACAGUCACUAUGAUGCACAUACUAGCACUGAGUUUGUGGUAAAUACACUAAUUAUAUUACAUCUCAUUGCCCAAUUACCAUCUCAAGUUUUUAUAACUACUCUGUAUUAUGACUAAUGGGAAGAACAUAUGGAAUUGCAUUUACCAUUACUAGAAAUUGUUGUAGUUGAAAACAAGAGUUUUUAAACAUAAACUGCCUGCCCUCUGAAUUAAAUCUCACGUCCAAAACAAUGUGGCAAAGUGUUGGAGAGAUGGAGCAUAAUGAACACUAUAUUGGCAAUGCUUUAUUUCUGGUGGUUUUUGUAGCUGAUGAUUUUUUUCCAAUAAAUCUUUACAGAAUUUGACAGAUAAUGACAAUAAAGAUCUUCCAUCCAGUGGGACUAAGUAUGUAGCUGUAGCUGGCUAUGAUGCUGUGGAAAGCACUGAGAUAUCUUUCCAAGAAGGAGACACUCUGGAACUGUUGAGAGUUGGACAGGAAGGGUGGUGGUUUGCACGACACCAAAGAACUGUUGAGGAAGGAUGGGUUCCAGCAAGUUACUUGGAUAUGAUGGCUGAUUGAUGAGCAUAUGAUAUACCUACAAGUGCUGUUCCACUCAGGAAGACUAUUAUUUGUAUUUUAAUUAUUAUUUUUGUUAUCAAUAAAAUCAAUAUGCCAGUAGUAAAUAUAGAGAAUAGUGUUACUGAUCCAAGUUUGUGGGAAGGAGCAAAAAGGGGCAGGAAGAGAAAAAUGUUAUCACUGUUUUUUCACUGUCUGCUUUUUAACUUUUUGUCUCCCGACCUAGACCCUUGCAGAGGUUUGUAGUUAGGUUUCAAAUAGGUAAAUAUAGCUUGUGUAAAUUUAAUCAAGGUAUAGCUGGUCUGUACUAUGAAUUAAAUCAUUAACUGUUUAUUAUCUUCAAUUAUAAUUGUAGAGUUGAAUAUAAAUGCAAUGUGGGAAAAAUUUAAAGGGUUAAUAUUUAUUAGAGAUCACUCAUUCUGCCAAAAAUCUCAAUGGUAAUCCACUAACAUACAAAGUUUUUAAUUAUCUGCAACAUCUUAACCAUUUAACUCCCAAGAUCCAAAUUCUAAUUCUCCCUACUAAGUGUCAAACUUUUCCUUGUACAAUGGACUGCAGAAUGUGGUUUCAAUAUCACCCUCCAGCUGAUGAGCUUGCCUGUUCUCAAACCCUAUUUACGAUAUAACUGAAUGGAAUUGUAAGAAGUUGCAUGUGUAUUACUUUUGGGAGUGAAAGGGUUAACUUGGCAAUGGGGUUAUGUUUAAAGAGCUUGUGUUGAUAGGCUGGGAUGUAUGAAGUAAAUAGUGUGUUAAGGCUGACAGUCCUUACAAAUUACUGUAUCCUUGAAUGUCUGUCACAAGUAUUACUUUAAAUCAAAGUUAUACAAGCUUUUUUAUGUCAAAAGGUGUAUUUCCAUCUACUGAACCCCAACCAUUUGAAUGGCUUUUUUGCAUGUAAAGGAGAUCUAAGCCCUGCACAUAAUUAUUGAACACUGUAGUUACACAAACCUCACCUGCUAACAAACUAGAGAUUUCAUUGUUUUGUAUUUGAUAUUUAAUUGACAUGAUCAGACCAUGCUGGAAUUUAUUGUUUCAAUAGAUAUGAAUGAUCUGUGGGAGGUGGUGGGUUUUAGUAGAUGCACUGUACAUAAUAUACCCAGCCUGUUAUAUUCAAGGGCUGAAAAUUUUUAUGUGUGGAAAGGCAUAGUAUUAUCCAACCUUGCAGCUAUUGAGCAUAGGUGUUAUAGGAGCUUAAGAUGGGUAAAACUCAUUUGGUGUAAAUAUGUGAAUAGAAUCUAAAGGAAACUUUAUUUUUAAGAUUAUUUUCUGGAAAUUACAUUGCGUAGCUUUGUGUAAAAAUGAACUAAUUAAAACAACAAUCAAC